AUGCCCAUAAAAGAGAUCAGGCUAAAGAUAAACGUGGAAGGGAUAGUGCAGGCCUGCCAGCACUUUAGCAGCAAAGACUCAAAGGUGCACACCAUAAACCAUACCUACAUCGACUAUUCAGUCGUGCUAGAGGACAUACUCUGCAGGAAUCUAGAAAUAGAAAGCGGUUUACUCACUGGCGAAGAAAAGAAGGCUGUCUUGGACAUAAUUAAGAACGAUAUGCACCAGCACUUUAUAUACAAUGAGUGCAUGGUGCACAUCAUACGCAACUUGUAUUUUUCCCUGGUCAAUAAAGAGAGCAGAUACAUUAGAAACUCGUCUGUCCAUCUGAUUAAUGAAGUUAUAAAGCCAAACACGCUUAUAUACAAGCCAGAGCACGGAAUACACAGAAAGCACGACAAGAACAAAGAGCCCGAGAAGAUAGACCCAUAUGACGCCAGUGCUGAUCUGAGCCCUAGGGUAUACACCCUAGAGGUUGGCGACACACAGAACCCUUUGGGCCUGGAGAGCAUGCUCCAGUCUGCCUCAGAGAGCCUAUACAGAGACAUCUUCUGCUAUGUGCCUAGCUUAGUGUACUUGCUGGGCAUGCAUGCUUUGGAGAACUACACACACACACGAGAACGCUACACCCUUGACGAGCUGUACACCCUCACUCAUAAAGAGACUGGUGCAUCCCUAGUAGACUACGGGCUCAGACUCAUCCACGACAAAUACUAUGAAAUUUCCGACCUAAUCUGGCUAACCACCGCGGUGAAAUCUAUUUCCAAUGACCCGCAGGUUGUAGCCGAGCAAAUUAAUGAGGUUCUUGGCCCUGAAGACCUAAAGAUCGUCUUUUCCAUUGGCGCAUAUCUAAAAGAAAUUGCAUACGAGAAAAGAGUGCUCAACUGCAUGGUUAGAGCGGUGGAGUACAUGGCGAGAAACACCAGCCUCUUGAAAGGAAGAGAUGGCUCAAACACGCUGAUCGUGACCACUGAUCUGGAAGAUUUUGUCAAAGACUACAUAACUUCCAGCGGAGGAAUAAAAAAACUAGUCGCUAAAAAAAAGGCUGCGCUAGAAGAAGAAAUAAAAAGGAAGUACAGGUCUCGCUUCACAGAAAGCAGGAAAUGCGAAGAGCUAGAAGCAAGUUUGCAAGAGCCAACCGACGAAAACAGCCCCGAUGUUCAGACCUACAGCCGAAUAAGAGAGGAAAAGAGCAGAGAGAUAGAAAGCUUGCAAUGCUCCAUCAACGGCAUAACAAAUGAUAUAUACCUGCUAGAGUGCGAUGCACAGAAAGAAGACUUGGAGUCUGAAAGCAUUCUUGAAUUUCUGUACAGAUUGGAGUUCUAUCCUGGCAUCCUAAGCCUGGCCCAGCGCGAAUACAUCCUCAGAAAAAUAGAAGAGCAUGGAGAAGGACAUGGCAUAAAAGUGGUGAAAGCAAGAAAACUCUUCUCAGUGAAACUCACACACUCAAACAUCAUUAAGAUGCUCAUAGCUGGCGCUGUUCUCGUAGUAGUAUCAGGAUUGUUGGCUGGCUUUGCAAAGAAUAGAAUGAAAGUUGCUGAUGGUGGCUAUUGGCUUGUACAAAGUAUCAUGGUAUAA